GCCUUGGAACACUUCAUCUACAUGCCGGUAUCUCAAGACAUGAUCUCAUACCUCGCACACAAGGCCUCGCAAGUCAUCCGCUGCGAAGGCUCAACACCAUCAUCCCGGAACAUGCCUCCAACACCACCGACGACCCCACCUCACAACCAACAAUUCGAGCCCGCCCUCCCCUCUCUCGAAGAGUUCAUCACCGCCCUCGUCGAGCGUUCCCACGUCCAGGUCCCUACCCUCAUGUCCUCUCUUGUCUACCUCUCCCGACUACAAGCUCGCCUCCCUCCCGUCGCCAAAGGAAUGAAGUGCACCUCCCACCGCAUCUUCCUGGCAUCCCUCAUCCUCGCCGCCAAGAACCUCAACGACUCCUCCCCCAAGAACAAGCACUGGGCCCGCUACACCUCCGUCCGCGGCUACGACUCCUUCGGCUUCUCCCUGACCGAAGUCAACCUCAUGGAAAAGCAACUCCUCAACCUCCUCGACUGGGACCUCCGCGUUGAGGAAGCCGACUUGUACCUCCACCUGGACCCCUUCCUCGCUCCCAUCCGC